AUGAAAAUCGAAAAAUUUAGUGAUGUGACUGCUAAAACUGAUAGUGUGCUUUAUAAAAGAUUUCACUUACUCCCCCCUCCGUGAGCGAACAAAACCAUUAGAAAAAUCCCUAUUUUUCGACCAAAAACUCACCCUCAGUGAGCGAACAAAAAUUUUUUUAAUAAAUUACUCCCCUUCCCCUCCAGUGUGAACAAAAAAAUUUUGUUCAAACAGAGGGGGGUUAAUUUUUUUUUCGAAAUUUAAAAAAAUCUCACUUCUAUAAAAAAUUGGAAAGUAAUAUUAACUUGAUUUAUAAAAUUUAUGUUUUAAAAACGCAAUUUUUUUAAAAUUAAACAGAAUUAGCUCGAGAUUUCAUUAUAAUAAUUAUCACUUAUAUAUCAAAUUUUUUUCACAAAAAAUUUUUCUCACAAAAAAUUUUUCUCACGGAGGGCGGGUUUUUGGGCAAAAAUAGGGGAUUUUUCUAAUGGUUUUGUUCACUUGCGGGGGGGGGGAGUUAGAAAAAAAUUUUGAUAUAUAAGUGAUAAUUAAUAUAAUGAAAUUUAUAGCUAAUUCUGUUUAAUUUUAAACAAAUUGCGUUUUAAAACAUAAAUUUUAUAAAUUAAAUUAAUAUUUGCUUCCCAAUUUUGCAAAUUAGGAUUAUUUUAAAAAUUCGAAAAAAAAAUUAAACCCCGAACAAAAUUUUUUUGUUCAUUCACGGAGGGGGUGGAGUUAAAAAAUUUCGGAGAAUUUAAUAUAAACUACUUAGCUGUGAAUUGUAUGCUUAGUACCAAAGGGACAUUUAAGAAAAGCCAAGCAUUGCUUUCUUAUUGAAUUCAGCUCUGAGAUGAUAAUAGAAAAUUAAAAAUCAAAGCAAACUCACAAGGUUUUAACAAAGCUGCCCUUGAUUUUACUCAUAAACUCAAGAACUGUAAGCUAAGCUCUAAAAUUGUUUUAACCAAGGAUAUUGAAAAUAAUAUAAAUCCUAAUAUUGGGGUCAAAUAUAAAUCAAAACAAAAUUUAAGCGCCAUUAAUUGGAUAGGAGGCCUAAAUUCAUUGAAUUUAACCUGGAUUUAUACUGUCUCUAAAGUAGCAAUUGGCGCUGACUGUAACUAUCAAAAUAAAGAAUUCAGUUAUAAUGCAGCUUUAUGAUUCAGACUUGAAAAUAUGCGAGCUUUAAUUGGAAAAUUUAAAAAGUACUAUGAAAUCCAUUUAUACAAAAAAAUCGAUUAUAAAACACAUUUUGCCUCAAAAUUAUCAUGAAAUUCAAGAAAAGCGUUGCUUGAGAUUGGUGGAGAUUAUUGUCCAAGCCACGAUGCUGUAAUAAAUUACAAGCUCUCCUCUCUCGGAGAUCUCUCUUUUUCAUACUCAAAAAAUCUCAAUAUGAAUAUUUCCUUUACAAUCUCAUCCAGUGUCAAUACAAAAUCUUUAGCUGAUUCUGACUUUCACAGCCACAAAUUUGGGUUUCUUAUCGAUUUCAAUUACUAA